CUCUAAACCCUGAGCCAAAAACCUAGCAUGUUCACCUCAAGGAAGACCGAACAUUGAAGGAUUUCUCUACGAUUUCUCCGUUGAUUUUACGAUGAGGAACACAUCGGUGUCGGAGCUCGAUGAUGAAAUCAUCCGCAGUAUGUCAAUUGGGGCACUGUUUUCAGAUUUCGUAGGAAAGAUAAAUGCGCUUGAUUUCCAUCGUACUGCGGAUUUAUUGGUAACAUCGGGGGAGGAUGAUUUUGUACGGCUAUAUGACAUAGCAAAUGGCAAGUUACUGAAAACUACACAUCAUAAGAAACAUGGUGCUGAUCGUAUAUGCUUUACCCACCACCCUAGUUCUGUCAUAUGCUCUUCAACACACAAUUUGGAUUCAGGUGCAGAGUCUCUGCGUUAUCUGUCCAUGUAUGACAAUCGUUGCCUUCGUUACUUCAAGGGGCAUAAAGAAAGGGUUGUCUCCCUGUGUACGUCUCCGGUAGAUGACAGUUUCAUGUCCGGUUCUCUUGAUCACACUGUUAGGAUAUGGGAUCUUCGUGUGAAUGCCUGUCAGGGAAUUUUACGUCUACGAGGUAGGCCUACAGUUGCUUAUGACCAACAAGGUCUUGUCUUUGCAGUAUCAAUGGAAGGAGGUGCUAUCAAAUUAUUUGAUUCACGUUCGUAUGAUAAGGGCCCAUUUGACACCUUUUUGGUAGGGGGAGAUAUGGCUGAGAUUUGGGACAUAAAGUUCAGCAAUGAUGGUAAAUCGAUGCUUCUAACCACCAAAAGUAACAACAUCUAUGUUCUAGAUGCAUAUAAUGGUGAGAAGAGAUGUGGAUUUAGUGUGGACGCUUCUCCAAACACAACAAUUGAGGCUACAUUUACGCCUGAUGGCCAAUACGUGGUUUCAGGCUCUGGAGAUGGAACGUUGAAUGCUUGGAGCAUCCCCACCAGGAGUAAGGUUGCGAGUUGGGACAGCCACAUAGGCGUCGCGUCGUGCUUGAAAUGGGCGCCUCGUCGUGUCAUGUUUGCUGCUGCUUCUAUGGGGAUCCUCACAUUCUGGAUACCCAAAGAUCCAAAUUCAGCUGCUGGAAAUAUGGAAUUCACCAAAGACAAAUUCUGAGAAGUUACAUUUUUUACGGCAGUUUUGGAUCGUUUUCUCCCCCUGAUCCACUUCCAUUUGAACCCAAUAUAACAACUGCAGAAUUAAAAGUGGAGGAUGCAUUUUAGGGGAAUUUGCCACAUCUUUUUGCCAUUUUGUAUGUAUAUUCAAACAUAUAUCAUUGUUCUGCAUUUUCCUUUCAGC